AGUUGGAGCCACAGAGUGUGCUCAAGGAGAAGCAGCAUCCCUGGUUGGAGACACAGCAUCAUAAAUUAAAAACAUAUAUUCAGCUGCAAAAAGGCUGCAGACUGAUAUUUGAGAUUGGAAGAGCAGAGAAAAUAAGAAAAGACCAGCUGGACUUGACAAAGACUAAGCCAUGCGGCCGCGGUCCAGACUGCUAUCCAAGAAAAGACUCCUGCUGCCCACAAUCAGAGAGGGCACAGAGGAGACGGUGAAGGAUUUGAAUGAGGCCAACACACUUCACAUUGCUGGCCACGGCCAGGCUGUCUCCUCAGAAGACUACCUCCUCUCCAUCUGCCACCUAGCCCACCCUACCUUCCCCACCAGGGAGGUUUCCCCCAAUAACAUCAACACACGGCAGCUGGAUGCUGUUCACCAGAGGCUGCGUCUGUCACGGCUCAGUGGGACGCCAUCAAGCACCUUUGAAUUCACCCCCACAGAGGAGGCACAUGCUAUUGAUAUGCAGCAGGGAGAAGGGAAACAACUGGAUGAUGAGUUCAUGUUUGGCAACUCUGACCCCCUGGAAUAUCUUUACGGACACCAGAAUGACCUCUCAGGAGGUGUGAGGAGGGCAUUUGUUGAGGGAAGGUUUAUAAGGCAACGUGGGAGCAUUUGGGAAGGUCAGGCUCGCUCCAGAGCUCAGAGCAUCCCCCGUGCUUUAAGUCCACGCCAACACAAGAGCAGUUGCCCCGACUUACACACCAGCACAAACACUCCUAUUGCAAUCACCUCCCCUAAACACAGCUUGUGCAGGUUGGAGGCCAGGGGAGGAAGCCCAGCAGACAGAGAGGCAGAGGGGGUAAGACAGAAUCCAACCGUCAAACCAUCCCUCAUCUCUCAGUGGAUCUCUGACUGCAGGUCAGCGUGGAGGGAGGCACAUGUGCGAGCCUGCAUGCUGCCCGCCAUUGCUGAGAUACAGGGUGCAAAUGGACAGGCAUUGUAAUAGAAUGAUAUCCCUAAGUAAAGUAUCCCAAUCUUGUCAGUGCAUGACACAUUGACCUUAGGAGAUAUGUAGCUGUGUAUUAUGCAUAUAUAUAUAUAUAUAUAUAUAAAGGAUAUGAUUAAAUACACAUUUAAUCAUACAGAGGCAAAUAAAUAUUGCCACGAUUGUCCAUCUGUAUUGUUAUAUCAAUGUCACUAUUUACUACCUAUGCUUGAUGUAUGCUGAUGAUCAUACAAUAUCAUAAAAACAGACAAAUCUGCAAAAUCUUUUUUUACCUUCCAGUGUUUUGUGAACUAAGUCU